AUGGCGACGGCGGCGUCCCGCCUGCUCCAGCUUCUGCGCCGGCCAGCCACGAGACGCAGCGCCCAGCCACGUGCGUGUCUCUCAACUCCCUCGUCGCCUUCGCCUUUGCCGUCCCCCGGUGUGCAGCUGGUGGAGGAGGUUGAAGAUGCAGCGCCCAGCCACGAGGUCCGCGACAAUCCUCCUAAGGACCAGCCGGUGGUGGACGACGUGGCGGCGGAGGUCCUGGGGCUGAAACCUCCUCCAAACCCCAGCCCCCAGCCAAAGCAAUCAGACGGCCAAUUCAAACAUCAUGGGGUACCACCGGCUGAGCAUGGUGGUGGCAGCCAUCAUCACCACUGA